GAUAUUCACCAUGGCAACGGAAGUCAGCAGGCCUUCUACAACGAUCCCAACGUACUGUACAUCUCCCUCCAUCGCUACGACGACGGCAACUUCUUUCCCGGGAGUGGCGCUCCUGAGGAGGUGGGAGUCGGACCAGGUGUGGGCUUCAAUGUGAACAUUGCCUGGACGGGCGGAGUAGAGCCCCCUAUGGGUGAUGUGGAGUAUUUAACAGCCUUCAGGACUGUGGUGAUGCCGAUCGCCAACGAGUUCUCUCCGGAUGUGGUUCUGGUGUCGGCCGGUUUCGACGCGGUGGAGGGUCACCAGUCCCCUCUGGGUGGCUACAACGUCACGGCAAAGUGUUUUGGCCACCUCACUAAGCAACUGAUGACACUGGCGGGAGGGCGAGUGGUUUUGGCUCUGGAGGGGGGGCAUGACCUCACAGCCAUCUGCGAUGCUUCUGAGUCCUGUGUGUCAGCGCUGCUGGGAGAUGAGCUGGAACCUGUGCCAGAGACCGUCCUGCAGGAGAAGCCGUGUCCCAAAGCAGCCGCCUCUCUGGAGAGGGUCAUUGAGAUCCAGAGUAAACACUGGAGUUCACUGCAGAGACUGGCUCCGACAGUGGGUCAGUGUCUGUUGGACGCCCAGAGGAGAGAGAAGGACGAAGCCGACACGGUGACGGCCAUGGCCUCGCUCACCGUUGACGCCGAGCAGGCCACUGUUGUCACGGAGAUCAGGUCAGUGGAAGAGCCGAUGGAGGAGGAGCCGGUGCUGUAGGGCAACACGAUCUGUCGCGACCUGCGGCAACUCCUUUGUCUCCAGCCCCUGGGCCCCGCGUGACUCUUUCUCCCUCUCACACACACCCCUCUUCCCCCUCCUCUGUCGGGACCCUCGACCCACCACCUCACCUGUGCCUGGGCCUGUGUCACCUGUGUCACACACACGUGUCCUCAGGUCAGCGUACUGGAGUGUGUGUGUGUGCACGCAUGUGUGUAUGUUGGGGGGGGGGGGAAACAGGUGAGAGAAACCAAACACGCUCUCUCUCUUUCUCAAGGGGCCGGUAAGAGAACUUAUUUGAUUGGCAGGUGGAUGUGCAAGAAGAGGUGGGAAAUUCUGCUGAAGCCUUUGUUUAUAUGACACUUAUUGUUAUUUUUUUUGAGUGAACUACAGCACCGACAACACAUGAAAGACAAUGGCAAUGGCAUAUUGUCGUGGCAACGGCUGAAGAGGCCAUGUACAUUUCCUGUGCUACUUUUUCAAAGAGGAAAACACAACACUCUUCAGGACAUUUUCAAAAUGGAAAAAGCCAACAAGCAGCAAAAAUAUUUCAACCUUAUAUAUAUGCUCAAUAGCUCAUACACACAUAUACAUAGACACACACACUGUAACCUACACACACUGAUCCCAAAUAUGAUCCCAGCUGAAGAACAACAAAGACUUUUGGGCUCUCUGUCACAAACAUGCAUACCUCUUUCCUCUACAUGUUUAUUGGUUGGAAUACGUGUUUGUCUGUACAAUAAUUUGUUCAAAGAAGCACACGAUCGUAUAUAUGGAUACGAUGUAUGUAUAGGCUUAUAUAUGUGGUUCUGUAUGUGUGUCCUGUAAACACAUGCUUGAUAUAUAUAUAUUUAUAUAUAAAUACUGUACAAUAUCUCGGUCAUGUGUUUGAUAAUUGCUGUGGUUGGGCUUUUGUGGAUAGAGCCACACAGUGCCCACCCGCCCACCCCCACCCCAACAACAACUUUUUUUUUCCCCUCCGGUUUUGGCCAAUUGAUUUUUGAGGCUGCUGUACCGUCCACUUUAUCGCAGCGGCCAUGAGACACUUUUCAGGAGACAACAGAUUCAUUUUGGGCACACACUCUUGACAGCUCUUCUCUCACACACAGACACUCAUACACGUGCACACACUCACGUACACACACUUUCAUAAUGACACAGACCCCAUUGGCAGCCCUGUGUGAGUGGGAGUGAGAUGCAUUGCUGAGACUCUGUGUUUGCUGGCUUGUCCCCGACACUGACAGACCAAAUAGUGGUUUCUCAGUGUACAUGUUCUUAAAAAGAACUUGGUGCCUUUUCUGAGACAUAAUAAUAUUAUUAUAAUAAUAAUAAUAAUAAAGAAAAAGAAAUUCCACCAACAAUGGAACGGAGAAAGAAGAAUCUGCAUGUUUUACUCUCCUCUUUCACUCAGCUUUGAUCUUGUUUUAGUUUUGAAGUUUUGGUUGUAAUUGCCUUAAGUUUUUCUUUCUUUGAGAACCAUUUUAGCCAUGUGGGCAAUGAGCACAGCUUGGAUUCUAGCUCUCUCUUUCUCUCCCUCUCUCCCUCUCUCCCUCUCUUUCUCUUUCUCUCUCUCUCUCCUCUACUUGUCCCUCUCUUCUCGUCCGAGUGCAGCUCCUGGUCUAAGGGCUAUGGUCAUCUGGCCUGCAGCCUGAUUUUAUUUUAGUUUGUUUUUUACAUGUUGAUUUAUACGUCCAUCCUCUGCCCUUGGGCAGCCUGCAGGACACACACUAACAAAAUCCUGAAUACGACCAACCUUUUUUGUCACCUCCUCUCGCCUGUAGAUACCGUAAGCGUUUCCAUUGCCUGGUCUCCUGCUCAGGAGACUGAGUCAAUAAUGAGCUAGUUCUUUUCCAUUGGUAUUGAGAGGAGAAAAAAACCUGUAUAUGGUCACUUUUUUUAUGGAAAUCUUUUUUUGUAUAAAAAUGAUAAAAUAUGACAAAAACAGAUAUUAGUGUUUAUCCACAGCCGUUGGAUUUGACUACUUGCGUCUGAAAAGAGGCGUAAUGUUUUGGGAGAUCAUAAGCACAGUGUAUUAUUUGUGUUUUUGUUUAUUUUUUAUUGAUGUCUGUGUUUUUGUCACUGCACAGGAAUGUGGAACAGCCCUUUGUCAGGGAAAGCUCUGUUCCCUUCAGAACUGUCUAGAAAAAAAAAACACAAAACAGGAUUUUGACUGAUGAUUUCCUCUAGGCAAUAAGGUGUAGCACCACUUUACAAAAACAUACACACACAUACACUCUUAACCCAACAAUACAACAAGGUUCUUGGUGGCUUGUUCAUCACCCAUGUAUUUAACUCCUCCCCCAGGCUUUUGGUUAGUGGUUUCUGCACCUGUUGGCCUGGGCUGCCGUCCAGUCUGGUUGGGCUACGGUUUGAGUGGCGUCCUCUGAUUAUUGUAGUUGCUCUGGGAAAGAGAUGAAUUUGGGCAUUUUGAGCUGUUCUUGCCUUCAGGUCAUCCACUGUAGAGAUGGUUGUUGGUUGUCCAGCAGUAAAAUCACCUGAAAGCGUGUAUGUGGUGAAUUAUCUCUUUAUCCUUUUUUUCAGGCAUUUCUGUUUGUCAGUGCAGCGUUUUCUCUGUGGGUCUGUGUGUGUUUUCAUUUGUGUUGAAACACACAUUUCUUGACUCAUAUCCCAUGUUCUUUUUUUACUUAUUUAUUUGGAGUCAGAAAUGAUCGCUGAGGAAAUUUGCUCUUAUUUUUUCUUUGUUUGGAAAAAAAAACCUAAAAAAAACUAAAAUCCAGCCAAUAACUGUUCUCUUGUUAUGUUUUCAAAGUCUGUAAUGUGCUCACAACCUCUAUUCCUAAUGAAAUCUUACUGUUCCUUGGAAGUCAAUCAUAUUGUACAUCUUGUAUACUAGCUACCGCUACAAUCACUUUGGAACUGAGAAAAUGAGGGCGGUUCACAACCGAACGUGUUCAACAGUGUGUAAGUAGAUGAUAAUAUCACCAUGCGAUUGUCUUUGUGGAAGCUCUUUGUAAAAUUCUGAAUCUCCACGUCCAGUUGGCAAUGUCACGAAACAUUCGCCAACUUGUGCUUUUUCCACACAUACAGUAACUUCUGUAAUGUUGGCUUUCAUUGUUGGUGGACUCUCUCAUUGGAAAAUGUGUGCCUGGCAUCACAGAAUUCCUGAAGUUUAAAUAGGAGGUCGGUUCUGCAACGCUUUGUUUGAAACACACCUUAAGCUGUCGAUGCCCAGCGUGAACACACACUGUAAAAUACACACACUUCGUCUUCUCCCAUGUGUGUGAUUUCUAUGUAUGGGGACAUGCUAACUGUUUCAGGAACUACUGUGACCUUGUUUUGUAAUGGUUUGAUGUUUGACACUGACCAUUUGAAGUUUGUGCUACAGUUGUACAUCUUCGCCCCAUAUUGCUUUUCGACAUUUAUCGGCUGUGUAUCUCGGUGGGAGGAGCUUAAUAAGAGGAUUGUUUUUUCGUGACCGACACAAACACACACGCACACACACACACUAGUCUGAGAGAUGUUGCAACACUUGAACAGUUUAAAUUAAUUGACAUACAGGAUGUUGGAAAACACACACACACACAAUAUAUAGAUAGAUAGAUAGAUAGAUAGAUGGAGAGAGAGAGACUGCAUGUUUGAAAGUAGUUUCAUUCAAGUGGCCUCACAAACAGUACAGCAGAUACCUGAAGACAUCCAUGUGUGUGUGAAAGUGUGUGUGGGUGGGUGUGUGUGUGUGUGUUUGUGAAGAUUUCAGCUCAUUCACCAUUGAUGAAAGCUUUAUUGUUGCUGCCACACUAUUUUGCUAUUCAGUAAAUAUGUAUAUUUAUUGAUAUUUCAUACGUUGUGUAUAUGUAGUGGCCUAUGAUCGUCAAGGUUUAAAGAGUAAUUGUAUAUUUUUUGACUUUUGAAAGAGAGGUGUCUCUUACAUUUGUGUCCCUCCACUGCGUUGGUGUUUCAAUCUCCACUUUCCGUGGUUGGAUGUUAAAUUAUGUGACCGUCUUUUAACCUUAUAUUUUUAUGUACUUUGUCUCGCUUUCUCCCUCCUCCUCUCUCUCUCUCUCUCUCUCUCUCUCUCUCUCUCUCUCUCUCUCUCUCUCUCUCUCUCUGUCUUUAUCUCCCUCUUUUUAUUUCCCCUUUAUUUCUCUUCUCUGGUCAUAUUAAAAUGCAGACGUUUUGAAAUGAUCGAAGCACAUUCCUUAAUUUCUUGUGUUUUCUUUCAAAUGCUUUCCUGUUGCGACAAUACAAAAGUGUGUAUACUACUUGUUAUACACGUGUAUAUAUAAGUGCAUAAAUGUGUACACAUGUGCAAUACACGCUAUUUCAGCAAUCUAUUACUGUGACUUUUCUUCAUUAAAAUCGCUGUCCCUUUGAAUCAACCCUUUAUUUCUCCUCUUGUUCUUUUUUUGGAAGUGUUGAACACAGCUUGCACCCUGUGGCAGCGAGUGUGCGAACGCAGCAAGGAUCUUAAAGGGAAAUAUAAAGUCUCAAAACUUGUAUUAUUUUGGGUGUCUGUGUACAUUUUAAAGCCCUUUUUUAUUGCUUUCAUUUUAAUGUUGUUGGCCAUGAUUUAUGUUUCUCUCUCUCUUCUUUCUCUCUUUUUUUAAGUGGGCCUGUUGUUUUAUUGGUCUGAAAAAACUCAAUAAAGCAAAUCACUGCUCCUGUACAUUA